AUGGCGGUCGUCGUCACCGUCCUGACAGUGUACGGCUUGGUGGUGGGCAAUUCUCCGCUCGAGCUCUUGAUCCUUGAGCAACCCCUCGACGUGGUGCCAGAGCAGCUCUAUCGUCGGCAGUUGGUUCCGUCUCUCAUUUCCGCCUGGCUGGUCAAUUGCGUUUUGGGCGAGCUGUUCUUUUGGGUGUUAAACGCCAGCUUGCGGGCCAAGAACCAGGCCGCUCAAGCCGUUGUCAGCACCACGGCGCGCUUGCGUCGGGCGGGCCUCAUCCUUUUAGCCCUCACCAUGAGCGCCUACACAGCUGUCUUGCUCCACCACCAUCCGAGGAACUGGCCCACCACGGACCGGGAUAUUCCCGAGCCUCUAACCGGCGCUGGACGGCUCGCCGCCCAGGGUCUCGCGGCAGGCGUGCAUUUACUUGCGACCUGGCGCCUGGUCACCACCGCAUUUGUCCAAUGGUCGGCCCUGCAUGGGUCGGCACGACGCUACGACCUGGCUUCGUUGCCCGUCGCUGCCAAUGCAACUUCACUGCCGCGGGAGCGAUGCGCAGCGGCUGUAGAUCGCUACCAAGGCUCAGCCGACGGAGGGAGCAGCCAGAUGAGUAGCAGCACGUUUAGAUUUCACCCCGAGCGGGUGCCCGCCGAGGGACCGAGCAUCAAAGAGGCUUGGCUUGCCCAAGCCCAGGCCGGUGCGGACACCACAUCCUCGCGGAAUAUGGGCUCAUUGCGGUCCAAAGACCGCACUCCCAAUCCUUUUGAUUGGUCCAAGUUUCCUGAUGACGACGAGGAUGCAAAUGCGGGGAAAGCAAACGACCCUAGUCCUGCUACAGACGCACACCGGCCGCCCAGCAGCGGAUCCAAGGGAGGCUCUCUGGGUCGAAUGGGCCGAAAACAGCGCGGGCGGCGCUCACCGUCAGCCCAGCACAAGGGCGAGCCUGUCUACGACCAGGCCUGGCCUGAGAGCGACCUUGGAAUGCCAAGCCGGGCUGAUGGGCAAUUCCCGGGUGGACUGAACGUGCCUGGCAGGGGAAGAAGAGCUUGUGAGGAGGACGACGAGGAUGAGUUUGCCGGAUCCGGGGGCAGUCGGCCGCUGACACCCGUGCACACGUCGCAGUCACGCCCACGCAGCGACCGCACUUCCAAGGCUAGUAGCGCCGUCUACCAGGCCGUAGGGGACGAUGGACCAGAGGUCCUGUAUGAGGUGGUGGAGCCAGGUACUGGGGUGGCAAUUCAACUAGGCCGGGUUGAUCGGGACGAUAGUGCCUUUUUGCACCGCGACAACAGCAACCAGGAGCAGAUUCUGCGCAACACCUCGGCUUAUGCUUGCUUGUUGAACAAGAACGUCGUCAUUGAGCACAUCCGCGCCAAGCGAUCCAAGCCGGGCCUCAAGGCACAGCACAAGACCGGUCUCGUCUUGCAGGCAAACAUGUGUCGAGGCCGGUUGCGCAAUGCCACCGUCGGCUCGGACCGGGUCGAGAUCUAUCCAAACCAACUUGCAGGUGGCACCUUUGCUGCUGACGUGCAAACUGCGGGUUCAACCUGCCUGCUGAUCCAGUCGGCAUUGCCAUUGGCGCUGUUUGCCCCCGAACAGGUCGAGCUGCAGCUGCGAGGAGGCACCAACGCGGAGAUGGCCCCGCAGGUUGAUUACUUUGAGCGUGUGUUUGUUCCUUUGCUCGAAAAGUUUGGGGGCCAUUGCGAUUGCCGUGUGGUCACACGUGGAUUCUUUCCCAAAGGGCAAGGCGAGGUGCAUCUGUCUGUGCCGCCUGUGCCGCGCCUGCACGGGAUGGAGUUGCUGGAGCGGGGUGAGGUGGCGCGAGUUACAGGCCUGAGCUAUGUGGCAGGACCGAUUCCCGACCGUGUGGCUCGCGAAAUGGCCGCUGCAGCGCGCCGUGCCCUACGUGCACAAUACCCAGACCUGGAGGUGAACAUUGAGGAGCAGCGCGCCGCCAAUGCCGUGGGUGCUGGCACGGGCAUUGUGCUGGUGGCUGAGACCUCAACGGGAUGUCGACUGGGCGGCUCGGCUUUGGGUAAGCGAGGUGUACCGGCAGAGAAGGUGGGCCGCGCUGCAGCCCAGGAACUGUUGGCGGGCAUCAACGCAGGUGGCUGCGUGGACGAAUACGCAGCUGACCAGAUCAUCAUUCUCAUGGCCCUGGCGUCGGGCACAUCACGGGUCAGGACGGGUCCAUUGAGCUUGCAUACGGAGACGGCAAUUCACUUGGCGCGUGAGCUCUCUGGAGCCAAGAUUUCGGUCUCAUCAGCCGAGGACCCGCACUUUCCAGAGGCGCGCGUGAUUGAGUGCCACGGCAUCGGUUUUACCCCGGACAUGCGGGCCGCCUCUAAUCCUUGA